CAUCAAUUUUCAACAAGAAGCCAGGGAGCGGAGCACAUUGGCUUUAUUUUAAGACUCCAAUAAGCGUCUGGACAACAGGAUUUACAACAGCCGCCACCUCUCAAUUUUCCCCCCAAUUCUACAUCUAUCUGUAACCAUGGCAAACCGCGCACAAUUAGCCGUAAGGGUAAAAGGACAAAAGAAAUGUCAUGUCCACAAAGAUAACGAUGUUAUUUUUGUGUGCAAAACGUGUGAUGUAUUAAUAUGCACAACAUGUAUCCUUUCAAGCCAUAAACUUCACUUCGACAGUUUCUCAGAACUGUCGAAAAUCAAAAAAGAAAAAACAAAUAUUAUUACGGACUUUAUCAAUGACACAGAAAACGUAAAUAUUCCAAAAUUGAACGAGGAAAUAACUUCAUCUCGAACAAAAUUACUUUUAUGCAAAACUGAGUACGAAAAACGUCGUAAAAACGUCAUCGAGAAUACUGAGAAAUGUAAAAAAGAAUUAGAUGAAAUUGCAGCACAGUAUGUAUCGAUUUAUAAUAAGAUGGAGGUGGCGGACACGGACCUCAUCCAGACACACAUCACAGACCUGGAGAGGAGGUUGGAUACUUUGAAUAAACUCUCAUCAGAAUAUAAACAGACUCUCCAGACAGGAACCGAAGUACUCGUGUACGACUCGGUAUCAGAAAUCCGGGAACUGGAUCCCAACAUCCCACCAACACCUAACAUAAAAAUUGCCGAGUUUACUCCGGGUAUGGAGAGACUAAGUCACUUGAAACAGGCCCUCGGGAACAUGGAACUCCCAACCGACCAUCUCCAGGCAGGGUCAGCAUCUGGUGGUCACUCCGACCAACGUCCAGUAGUCCGACCAAAACAGUCUACAGAGGCUGGUCAAGCAUCCUCUAGAGAAGUCCGGUACAAACUUCGUGAUCGUCCUAAGGUCAAAUAUCAGUUCUCAUACCCGGAUCACAUCACAUCGAUCUGCCCUACAUCUGAUGGAUGUGCGUGGCUGUGUUACUAUGACACCAACACAGUAAAUCUCAUUAACAAGAAAGGUCGGGUCAUACAGACGAUACAACACAACAGUGUCAUACAGGACAUCAGUCUGGACCCCACCACAGGCCGUCUGUGGUUCUGUUGUUUUAGAGAUAACACUAUCUGUGAAGUAUCUACACCAUAUACAACAGUCACAAGGUUUUAUACAGAUGAUUACCCAGCCAGUCUGUGUGUGACCAGGGAGGGUCGGGUAGUGGUGGGUACACGGGAUUAUAUACAGGGGUACAAGGUGGUGAUGUACACAAUAGACGGUCAGGUGUUACAUACACACAUUGAGGAGGGGUCAGGGACGGGGUUUGUAAAGUCAAUAUCACAAUGUAGUGUUACGGGUAACAUAGCUGCAGUCGCUGGUAAACAUAUCGGCGGGGGCUCCAUUUCAUCCAACUUCAGGCGUCUCAUCAUUGUGUUCAGCCCAACACUCCAGCCCCUGGUCCAUUACCGGGGGGAGGGGAUAGAGGACCAGUGGGAGGGGAAACAAGAACAGAAGUCGGUCACACCAGACAAGUUUGGUGCUAGUACAGUUGUAUAUGACAGUAAGGGUAAUAUUGUUAUUGCUGACAAGACAAGGAACACAAUAGAACUGAUAAGUGGAGCAGGGAAGUACAUAAAAACACUUCACACAAACAAAGGAGAACAGGGAGUAGUAGGUAUACAGAAGGGUGAUGUGUUGUGGUCAAACUUAGAGUUAGAUACAGGAGGGUGGGGACUCAAACUCCUCAAGUAUUAUAGUGACUGAGUGACUCAACCUUGAGUGAGGGUACAGACAGUUUAUAUCAGUGGACUUAAACAACAUUAACUUUAUAUUUUAUUAUCAUGGCCGAAAUUUUCUUCUGAUGGAUUCUUUUAUCAACAAUCAUAGAAUGUGUUUGCCCUAUUCUUUCAUUGAACUGUUUGUUCCCAUCAUAUGAAAAUGUUAGUGAUACCUAGUAUUCAUGAUUGAUUUAAUAACAAUGUUUUAUUUUACGGACAAAGGUGUGUUUAUCUAAGUCCGUGAUUACAGUACAAGUAUCAAUGCACAUUUAUCUGACCUAGAAAUGCAUGCGUGUGAUUCAUAUCAACCCUGAAAUCCACAUCCCUGUAUCUGAUUUAGGUGUAUAACCUGACUUCCCCUACCUCCUCCAGUGGGUCGUCCGAAACCU